AUAAGCAGACUUUUAUCAAGGAAACUUUUAUCAAGGAGACUAUUUUUUACUCAGCUGAAAACUGAGGUUGACAAACAAUUGGGAAUCUGCUGCCAACUGUGGAAUCAAUACAACAACAGGGCAAGAUGCUGAAGGUUGCGUGGUGUGUGGCGUGUGUGGUGGCGACAGCUGCCGUGCUGAUAACACAGGAUGUUGAAAGCCAACAUGUUUCUGAAGAUCCACAGCCCUCAGUUCCACUUCCUGUUUACCCCACAGUCACUUUCCAGGUGCUCAACGUGGACCACGUGCUUCUGAGGAAGGACUCUCCCAGUUCUCAGGGCAACUCCAGCCUGAAGGCUCACAUUCAGACGUUCCUCAUCACCGAUUCAGGUCCCGGUCUUCUCCAACCAACUGUCAACGCCUUAUUUGGUCCACUGACCGUGGACGCCCCCAUCGCACCAAACCUGCUCCACAGCGGGCGCAAGAUCCUGCCCGUCAUUGUGGGCCGCCAGGUGCGCGCCUCGUCACCAACUGCUAGGAUCCUCUUCCACAUGCCUGCGGAAGCUGAGGUCAAGGUGACGUCUGAUGAAGACCAGAUGAGAACGGGGAAGGACAGAGCUCACUGUGUGACGGUGUACGCCUUUUGGGGCACCAGGGAAGUCCGCGGGUCAUGCCUGGUGUCUCCCGGUGGAUUCUGUGUGGCGCAGCUAAACCCAGAACCCGCAUGGUUCAGCCCGUCCAAUCCAGCCGGCAGCUCCAGCAAAGAGACCGGAAGAAGCAACCCUGAAAAAGGGGUCCAGGGGAAUCUUGUGGAGGUCUACUUCCAGAGUCGAAGGGACCGCACGGGACAGUGCGUGCCUCAAGACAGCCUGCAACGGGCUGGGAGAGGCGGGGUUCACGAUGGGACGGGGACCCCCAUGAGGAGAAUCGGAAGCGUGACCCUGCUCCAAAGUCCACCUGGCCACCCGGCCUUUUUCCGUCUAAGACUAGGGGGUGCUGUGGUCAUCCAGACCUCCUCCAAGCCCCUGAAGACCAACAAUACGGCAACGUUUAACAUCUUCCUGGCCGGCACCUCCGCCUUGGAGACGUUCACGCUCAGGACCACGAUGAAGUCCGGACUGGCGUUCAGCGCGCUGCGAGCCAGCGACUCGGCGUCAUGGGACGUGAAGGCGCAUCCUGGCAGUGUGGGCUUGCCCAACACCGUAUCGUUUGUGUGCAAAAGGAAGGUUGCUGUCACGUCGAAGAGGGGUCUUCUGGAGGUUCUCCAAGUGGACUUUUUGGUCAAAGACGUGUCCGAGCAGGCCGAGACUCACAUCAUCUCCUGGCGCCUGGAUCAGCCGGGGAACGUCAGGGACGUGGGCCAGAUGCGGCUCUACACCAGCCAGAGAGACUACGUGGGUCUGGCCCCGGUGGUCCUGAGCUCCGAGCUGUUGAACACCGCAGUGCUGACGGGCAAAAUGGUGAAAGUAGCCGUGAAAACUUUGGCCGUGGAGGCCAACGGCUCUGUGAGCGAUGUAAGCAGCUUUGUCAGCUGCAGGUCCACCGACAGAGACGUGCUGAAGGUGUCUGAGCGCUGCGACUACGUUUUUGUGACGGGGAAGGAGUUGAGAGGGAAAAGCAGUGUGACGAUCAACUUCAUGUACGCGUUUCUGAGCGCGCAGCUAGAGAUGAGCGUGUGGACGCCCCAAAUGCCGCUAACCAUCGAUGUCGCAGACCCUGAACUCCAUCAAAUUAAGGGCUGGAGAGUCCCGAUUACAACCAGCAACCGCAAGCCAAGUUGGAAUAGCGAAGAAGAGGAGGAGAUGAGGAAGGGCCGAGGGUGCAUGCUGCAGUACCAACACUCCCCACUCAGGGUGCUCACGCACUUUGUAGCCGACUCCCAGCCUCUUGAGUACUUCCUGGGUCCUGAUUGGCGGGUGGAUGUGACCAAUCUUGUGCGCCCUUUUUUAAAAGUGCUCAACCCACAAUUGGUGAGACUCCAGGACGGAGUGUUGCUGCAAGGGAGGGCUGUGGGCACGACGGCCGUGCAGGUGCUGUCCCCACUGACGGGGUCGGUGUUGGCCGAGAGGAACGUGACGGUGCUGGCCGACAAGGUGAGCGUCACAGACUUGAAGGUGGACUUUGUGUCGGGACUCUCGCUGUCCCUGCAGCCAAGUCCGGCGGGCAGCAAGGCCAUCGUUGCCGUGGCUACCACCCGAGACACCCUCACGCGGGUCAGACAGGAAGCCGUGGUCAGCUGCCGGGUCCAAUUCAGCGACGGCGCCGUCACCCCACUGAGCCUCUUCGACCGCGGCGUCUACUCCUUAACCGUCUCUACGCCGGACGAGGGCGUGGCUAGCGUGCGCCGCACCCCGCUGUCCACGUUUGUGGUGGCACGGGGCGAGGGUCGAGGCAAGGCGGCGCUGGUCAAGGUGGAGCUGAGGAUCUGCGAGGAAUGCCAGAAGUCCAAGAGGAAGAGCAAGCUGGCGGUCGGCGCGGGGCUGCUGAGGAUCGACUUCCAGGGCGGUGACGGCGGUGCAAUCAGUCUGGAUCAGGAGAGAAGCGGCACGGGUGUGGCGGAAAUGGCGGUAGUGGCGACGACGACGGUGACGUUGAGCCGUGAGCUGACGGACACGGGGCAGGAGUUGUCAAGAACGGAGCCUGAGAGGAGGAUUUCGUGGGAUGUGACUCCAAGUGGUUCUCAGCCGACGGUCACGGAGAGCUGGCUCAGUGCGAGCACCGCCAGCCGACCAACACGCCAUCUUGUCGGCCAAGAAGACGGACAGAACGGCAGCUUUGGAAACAUGUUGGACAAGCCAAAGCCAGCACAGGAACCGGAAGCCAAACUCCCCAAAGUGGUGGAAAGCGACCUGGUCCGCACCUUCCGAUCCAUGUCCGACUUGGAGAUAGGAAUUUAUUGCUUGGCGGGCGUGUUGUGCGUCGCCAUCUUUGGCUUUCUGCUUAACUGUGCAUCCUACAGGUUGUGUCUGCGCAGCCGUAAAAGUCCCGUCCUGGCGGGGCCGCCGCCCCCCGCGGAGCCCAAGGACCAUAAGCACGACUGGGUGUGGCUGGCCAACAACCCCCAGCAGCCGCCUCCUCCUGGCGCACCUGCUCAGGUGUCCACACUCACACGCACCCCGCCCGCCGUCAAGCAGCCCGUACCGGAAAGAACCGCCACCCUGGGCCGCGGCAGGAGCGGCUCCCAGCAGCAGCAGCACAGGAAGGCGGCAGACCCCGUGGCCCAGCGCUCGGCCACCUUGCUGGCCAGGCCGCCGCGCAGCGAGCCGCUCCGCUCGCCCACCAGCAAGAGGAACCAGGUGCAGUUCACCACCUUCACCACCCUAGACAUCAAGCACUUGGCAGCGCUCAAGACUAACGACUUCCAGCCGCCGCCCCCUGCUGGGCCGCACGUGCCGCUACCCGACAUGCCGUGGCCCGUUGUUAGACCCCUCCAAGACCCUCAGUGACCUGGACCCAGGACGAGGUUGGUGCUCAUGUCAGGAAUAUCAAUAAUGAAUGUACAUAAAUGAUAUUAUUAUCAAUAAUAAUUGUACAUGAAU